GAGGUGAUCAUAAAAUCACCGGUACCCGUCGUGCAACCGCACCUCGCUCCCCCUCAGCAACCUCCACGCUCGAGGUUGACAGUUGGGGUCAGGAUGCGAAACUUUCUCUCAGUCUGCCUCGCGGCGGCGGCAGUCGUCAAGGCCAUUGAGCCUCCCCGAUAUCCUCACCAACCUACCGGCAAUGGCACUAAGCUUCUCACUUACAACGUCACCACCGGCGGUGAGCUGUCCGUGUCGACCACGUCUGUCACAUGGGUCAAAUCUCAGCACGACGGCGACUUCAUCACCAAGGCCGACGACGGGUCCCUUGUCUUUGAAAAUGUCGUCAGUGGUAACAGAACCACAUUCUUGUCGGCCGACAUGAUCCCGGCCGGCUACUGGGACUACAAGAUCUCGACCGACCAGUCCAAGAUCUUAUGGGCCGUCAAUUACACCAAGCAGUACCGGCACAGCUACUUUGCAAACUAUUUGGUCCAGGAUGUUGCAACGGGACAGACGGAGUCCCUGGUAAAGGACUCCAAGGCCGACAUCCAGUUCGCCACGUGGAAUCCCGCCUCGUCCUCGCAGAUCGCCUUCGUCCAGGGGAGCAACCUGUUUAUCUGGGAGAAUGGGACGACGAGCCAGAUCACGACCAACGGCGGCCCGGAUAUGUUCAACGGCGUGCCGGACUGGGUCUAUGAGGAGGAAGUGUUCGGCUCCAACUCCGCACUCUGGUACUCGCCCGACGGCGCGUACGUCGCCUUUCUCAGCUUCAACGAGACGGGCGUCGAGACGUUCACCGUCCCCUACUACAUGAACAACCAGCCGGUUCCGCCGCCGUACCCACGUGAGCUGAAGCUCCGAUAUCCGAAGGUCGGCACCAAGAAUCCCACCGUGUCUCUACAUCUCCUUGACGUUGCGGCGCGGUCAUCCGCCCAGCUGUCCAUCGAUGCCUGGCCGGCGGACGACCUGAUCAUUGGAGAGGUUGCUUGGGUGACAGAGGGCCACGACAAGCUGAUCUACCGGGCCUUCAACCGCAUCCAAGACCACGAGAAGCUCGUGCUUGUCGACACAGAAACGCAAGGCUCGACCGUCACCCGCGAGAGGGACGGAUCCGACGGCUGGCUCGACAAUAACCUGGCCAUCACCUACAUCGGCCCCCUCAAGUCCAAGGCUGGGACACGCGGUGACAAAGACCACAACAAGAAGGACAGGUACUACCUCGACAUGUCGGACAUUUCCGGCUGGAACCAUCUCUACCUCUUCUCCCUCGACGGCAAGACCAACAUCACCCUAACAUCGGGAGAUUGGGAGGUAGCCUCGAUCGCCAAGGUCGACACCGCCCGCGGCCUAGUGUACUACACCUCCACCGAGCACCACCCCACCGAGCGGCACCUCUAUAGCGUCUCUUACCUAACCGGCACCAAAACCCCACUAGUCGACCCCUCCAUCCCAGCAGUCUGGGCCGCCUCCUUCUCCGCCCACGCCGGCUUCUACAUCCUGCGCUACGCCGGCCCGGACGUGCCCUACCAAGAACUCUACUCCAUCACCAACCCUGCCUCCCCGAUCCGCACCAUCAACUCCAACGCCGCCCUCCACGCCGCCCUCCAAGCCUACCGCCUCCCCAACAUCACCUACCUUGACUUGCCCCACCCCUCCGUUCCGGGCGCCACCCUCUCCGCCAUGCUCCGCCUCCCAGCCAAUUUCAACUUUGACGACCCAUCCAAGAAAUCCAAGGGCAAGAAGAAGAAAUACCCGGUCCUGCUAACCCCCUACGGCGGGCCCGGCGCGCAGGAAGUCACCAAGGCCUUCCAGCCGCUGGACUGGAACGCCUACAUCGCGUCGGACCCGGAGCUGGAGUAUGCCACGCUGACGGUCGACAACCGCGGGACCGGGUUCCGCGGGCGGGCCUUUCGCGCGGCUGUGGCGGGGCGGUUGGGCGAGCUGGAGGCGCAGGACCAGAUCUGGGCUGCGAAGUGGCUGAUGACGACGAGUGAGACUGGUGUUGAAUGGGUGGAUAAGGAGAGGGUUGGGAUCUGGGGAUGGAGCUAUGGCGGGUAUUUAACGGCCAAGGUAGUGGAGGUAGGGGAUCCGGCAAUCGCGUUCGGGAUUGCUACCGCGCCGGUGGCGGAUUGGAGGUUGUAUGAUAGUGUGUAUACCGAGCGGUAUAUGAAGGGUUUGGAGGGGAACGAGGUCGGGUAUAAUGCUUCUGCGGUGAGGCGGGCGGAUGGGUUUAAGGGGCUAAGGGGCAAGUUCUCGCUGCAGCAUGGCACGGGGGAUGAUAAUGUGCAUUUUCAGAACUCGGCGGCGCUGGCGGAUCUGCUGAUGGGUGCCGGCGUCGGGCCGGACAGGUUGGCGGUUACCUUCUUUGCGGAUUCGGAUCAUGGGAUCAGGUACCAUGGCCAGAACGCGUUUGUGUACAAGCAGUUGAGCGAGAGGCUGCUGGAGGAGAAGAGGAGGGAGGGCGGUGGUCGAGGGCACCAGUGGAGUAGGCGGAAGGGGACGAGCUCCAGGGCGUGGAGAGGGUGAUGGAGGGUAGGGUUGAAUCAGACUAAUGCGUCGCACCAGGUGGCAAUGA